CCCUCCAAGUAAGUCUCUAUGUGCAUCAGUUCUCUUUCUAGAAUGAUGAAGGAACUCCUGAGCACAUGCCUCCUCUUGGCCUUGCUUUCUCCAGCAUUGCCUCUGAAGUGCAGAGAUACAUUUAACGAUACUGGACUGACAUAUGAUCACUAUUUAAGAACAUAUUGUAAAUUUGGUCAAGAUACCUGUUCUGCCAGUGUUCUGCGUACAAAUCUAGUGAAAUUCCAAGAGCAACUUGUGCAUAGUUGCUCGCUAACCAGAUACUGUUCCUCAGGCCAUUACAGCUUCACUGCAGGGGAUGGUAAAUUCUUUCAGAUGAAGAAGCACUGCUGCAAGACUGAACUGUGUAACAAUGCAACUCUCAGCCUCCCUGAUCGCAACAUGCUGGCUGAAAAUGGUUUGCAGUGCCCAUCCUGCUUUUCCAAAGGAACAAUAAUGUGUAAAAGUGAGAAGACCAUCAACUGCCUUGAGAAUGAGACCCAGUGUAUUCAAUCCAAAGUAGCUCUUCUUAUCGGUGCACUUCGGCCCCACAGUUUCACUUUCCGAGGUUGUGGAACAACAGAUUUUUGUGCCAUCGGGAAAAAGCAAAGAAAAAUAAUCGGAGAUGGGUACUAUAUCCUUUCUGUUACCCAAGAAAGUUGUUACAAUGCUUCAAAAAUCUCACACCAGCCUGAACAUGAAGAGUGA